AUGUUCAUCCACUGUAACCUGGCAACACUGAUAUUUGUGCUGACCCUUGAUCGUCAUGUUUAUACAAUCCUUGGAGGCCAUGAGGCUGUGCCACAUAGCAGACCAUACAUGGUGCUUUUGCAGAGGCACAUGUCAGAUGGUCGAAAGAAAUACUGUGCUGGCUUCCUUCUCAAUGAGGAUUUUGUGAUGACUGCUGCCACCUGCCAAGCCGAGUCUUACACUGCCUUACUAGGAGUUCACAAUGUGAAUAGUAAUAGCGAAAUACAGCGCAUAUCUGUGGAACAACCAUUUCCACAUAAAUACUUCAACACAACCUCUUUUAUAAAUGAUGUAAUGCUUCUGAAGUUGAGCUCCAAGGCAAAGUUCAGUGAGAAUGUGAAGCCUAUUCCUCUGGCGAGUCAUGAUGAUGGUACUUUGCCAAAA